AGGCAAUAUACACACACAUAUAUAUAGCUAGCUGGCUGAGAGCUGGCUUUAGACUCUUUGGUUCAAUCAAUGUGGCUUCACAGUUAGGUACUCUGUGAUUAUCCACCUUGUAAUUAUACUCUAAAAACUAGGGUUUGUAAUAGAUGUAUUGAUUAGGGUUUUGUAAAUUAAAGUUUUCAACUUUUCGACUUUUCAUAGACCAAGCAAAGAGAAAAAAAAAAAAAAUAUAUAUAUAUAUAUAAACACGUACUAGCAAAGCAAGUACAGAGGUGCGGUGGUGGUGGUGAACACGUAGUGGUCGGAGGGUUAGCCGGAGAAGAGGAUGAGCGCUUCGAGGUUCAUCAAGUGCGUCACCGUCGGCGACGGAGCUGUUGGAAAGACUUGUAUGCUUAUCUCCUACACCAGCAACACAUUCCCUACUGAUUAUGUGCCGACUGUUUUUGACAAUUUUGGUGCAAACGUGGUUGUGGAUGGGAGCACCGUUAAUUUAGGGCUGUGGGAUACUGCAGGUCAGGAGGAUUACAAUAGAUUAAGACCUCUGAGCUAUCGUGGGGCUGAUGUCUUUAUACUUGCAUUUUCUCUCAUUAGCAAGGCCAGCUAUGAAAACAUCUCAAAAAAGUGGAUUCCUGAAUUGAGGCAUUAUGCUCCUGGGGUUCCAGUAGUUCUUGUUGGAACGAAGCUUGAUCUUAGGGAAGAUAAGCAGUUCUUUGUACACCACCCUGGUGCAGUGCCCAUUACAACAGCUCAGGGUGAGGAGCUGAGACAGCUGAUUGGAGCUGCUUCUUACAUUGAAUGUAGUUCAAAAACCCAACAGAAUGUGAAGGCUGUUUUUGAUGCGGCGAUUAAGGUGGUUCUCCAACCACCAAAGCAGAAGAAGAAAAAGAAGAAAAGGGGACAAAAAGUGUGUGCUAUCCUGUAAGAAUUUCUUGCAGGAGGAAAAGAUGACCAACUGACUAAUUACCCCUUAGUUUCUUGAUCUCUCUCAUUAUCCUUUCACCUCGAGGAAGCAGCAGCACGCAUUGGUUUGUAGUCGUGACUGACUCUACUAGGAAGCUUUGUUGCAGCAGCAUCAAGUGGUUGGUUGGUUGUUGCUUUCUCAGUUGUGUGUUGUUUUGUAUAUUGAUGAAUGUGUUUGGUAUGAGUACUGCUCUUUUAUUUCCUGGUGUCCAGUUUUGCAUAAUGUGUUAACCCAGAUUGUGGAAAAUGUUUCUAUAAAAUAACAAACUGUUUCAUCUUGUAGACCAUGUCUGAUUUCAUUCUCUUUAUGCUUAUAUAGAAAUAUUUGUGAUUA